CGGAAGUGGCUGGAGAGAGGUUGUUCCGGAUCAUCUCAGUGUCCUACCCGACCUAACCGGGUACUGCUGUGGUUGGUAUCCGCUGGUCCUUGGAAUUCGUAGCCCGUGGGGUCCCAGUUGAGCUCUGCCAUUUCCCAGAGUGCCCCAAGAGUAGAGAAGCAUGGCUAUUGUGGAUGUCAACACUGUGUUCAAGGAGCUGGUGGUGUUCAGGGAUGUGGCUGUGGAGUUCUGUAAGGAGGAGUGGGAGUGCCUGGGCCCUGAGCAGAGGUCUUUAUACAGAGAUGUGAUGCUGGAGACCUACAGCAACUUUGUGUCACUAGGACUUGCCAUUUCUAAGCCUUUAGUAAUUUCACUGCUGGAGCAAGGCAAAGAACCGUGGAUGGUGGAGCAAGCAGGAUGGUAUCCAGAUUUGCUGUCUGUAAAUGAAACGAAGAAUUUAUCUCUAGAGUGUGGCAUCUUUGGAAAGGAAUCAUUGAAAUGGAAAAUAAUAGAAAGAGUCGGUAAUUCUUGCCUUGAGGAAUCUAGUUUUGGAAAUGACUGGAGAUGCAAGGGACUCCUUGAGGUACAAGCGGAAUCCACAGAGGAGUGUGUUGAGAGAGUGGCAGCUCCGUUGGAAAAGAUGCCAGCCGAAUUCAUUCAGCCUGCACCCAUCGCUCUGAGUGAAAUGACUCACUCUGAAACAAAACACUAUCAACAGGAGGCAGGCGAAUCCAUUACUCAGCAGGUAAGAGUUCCUGCCAGUGACAAACUUAACGAAGUGUAUGAGAAUUCGUUUGUCUACUACACGGAUCAGAUGAAGCAUCAGCAGGACUUUGCUGGCGAGAAGUGUGAUGAGUUGAAGGAGUGCAGCAGAGGAUUUGCCUAUGACUUCCAUCUUGCCCCAUAUCAGAUCAAUAAGAAGCCCUAUCAGUGUGAGAUCUGUGGCAAGAUCUUUGAAAAGCAUGCUUACCUUGUUCAACAUAAUCGCUUUCACACUGGCGAAAAGCCCUGUGAAUGCAAGGAAUGUGGGAAAGCCUUCACUAACUGCUCCCUGCUCGUCCAGCACCAGAGAGUUCACACGGAUGAGAAGCCCUAUGAGUGCAAGCACUGUGGGAAGGCCUUCCUCUACUUCUCUACAUUUUUUCAACAUCAGAGAACACACACCAAUGAGAAGCCUUACGAGUGUCACAAAUGUCAGAAGGCCUUUAACAAGAGUGCAAACCUUACCAGACAUCAAAGAAUUCACAGCGGUGAGAAACCCUAUGAGUGUAACUUAUGUGGAAAGACUUUUACUUGGGCUUCCAACUUGAAUGAUCACCAGAAAAUUCACACUGGUGAAAAACCUUAUGAGUGUAACUAUUGUGAAAAAGCCUUUCUCUGUCAUUCAGCAUUCAUGAAACACUAUAGAACUCACACAAAUGAGAAGCCCUAUGAGUGUCAGGAGUGUAUGAAGGCCUUUAGGCAGAAAGCACAUCUCAUCCAACACCAGAGAGUCCACACUGGCGAGAAACCUUAUGAGUGUAAGGAGUGUGGGAAGGCCUUCGCUUGUCCGUCAUACUUUAAUAGACAUCAGAGAAUUCACACUGGGGAGAGGCCUUAUGAAUGUAAAGAGUGUGGAAAGGCUUUUAUCGAUUGUAAAACUCUUAUUCUACACCAGAGGAUCCACACUGGGGAGAAACCCUUUCAAUGCCAGCAGUGCAGCAAGGCCUUUAGACAGAGGUCCCACCUUACGCAGCAUCAAAGAAUCCAUACUGGCGAGAAGCCCUAUGAAUGCAAGGAGUGUGGACAGGCCUUUACUCGGCUCCUGCAGGUGAAGAAGCACCAGAGAAUACACACAAUGGGAGAAAUUCUAUGUAUUUGAAUACUGCCCUUUAUUUGUUCAACAUCUUCAUGUAUAUAUGGAAGAAAAAUGUUGAUAAGAUCAGAAAUAUGGGAAACACCCGUAGGUGUCCCUCAGCUACCCUGACCCUGCUGAGAAAAGCCUGGAAGUGAGGCGUAUGGAGCCUCUUAACAUUGUGUAAUUUAUACUAUGGUGAUUAGGACAGGAAGCCCUCGUUUUUUUCAGCUAUUCGAUACCGAAUAAGAGUUUGUAAGAGAAGACCAUCUGAUAACUACUUUUUUUUGCUUUAUAACCUACAAUUUAUUGAACAUUAAUACACAUAGGAAAAAUAAAAAUUAAAUUAUGACUAGAAAUACUAAUUCUAUUACCAGUAAAAGGGUUACAUUUAAUUAUAGCUAUAGAAAAUGCCACAUAGAGAAUGAUUGCGUGGGCCUUCUUGGUGUAGACGCUAUCCCGUGCAUCAUUUGCCACCUGUAUUUUAUUAUUAGCUAACUUCUGCACUUCAGAUUGCUGCCUGUUAGUCAGUAGUAAGGCUCUUGUGAGGACUGAAUGAAUUUAGUAGAGGGAACUUUGGCAUAGUCAGUAGCAUGGAGGAAGGAUUAGGAAAUGUUAGGAACCAUCUAUUUGCCAUAGUCUUCGUUAUUAUUAGUAGAAUGUUCAUGUGCAUUUUAUUAAUGCCAUCUCCUGUCAGCUUGUCCCAUAGCAAAGCUCUCAUGGUGAGUUUUGGCAACAAUGGUCGGACUAGAACAUGAUGAGCAGCUUUUCACCCCAUCUUCAGUUGAACCAGGCAGUUGACUCUGGCGCGGCCGCCAGGACUCACUGCAUUUAGCCGGAAGGUGGGCUCAAAGUGUCCUCCGUAGCAGAAACUGUGAGUUUACUUAUACAGGACAGAUGGGUUUGCACAGGAUGGGAAGUGGAACACAUUUGCAAUCUAUAACCAUCACCAUGUAACUUCUGGAUUACGCGAAAAAUUCAGCCUGAAAAUACAGCUUGCUUCAGUGUGGAAGAUAGGCAGCUCUACAUAAUAAAACAUGAUGUGGCUCAUUUGCAUAAAUGCUAUAAAAUAUUCAAUAAAAAAUCAAUAAAUUCUAGAGUUGACAGCAGAAGUAGAUAUUAUUACAAUAAUUGAUUACUUAAUUUAAAGGAGUUUAAGAAAAUCAGUAAAAUCGGUAACUGGACCUUAACAGUUUUUCCCAAACCAUCUGAUACGUUAACUGGAUUUUCCAGGUCCUAAGGAGACAUUUGGAAGACACAGAUUUAACAGUCAGGGCUAAUGGGAAGGAAGCAGAACAUUUGCAGGCAGAAAUAUUGUCGGUUGGCUUUGGUGGGUUUUAUUUCAAGACAGCGUCUCUCAUAAUCCUGUGGCAAUCCUGCUUUAAAACACUGAGUGCUGGGGUUAGCAGUAUGUGCCCCCACACUGCCUUGAACUCAGUCGGGAGCCACUGAACCGUUCCCAGCCCUCUAUUUUCUGAGGCCUGGUCUUGCUAAACUGCCAAGGCAGGCCUUGAGCUCAUCUCCUUGCACUGGCCUCUGACAGCUGGGAUUACAGACAUCUGCCACCGGGUACAGCUAGAAAGGGUUACUCCUAUGAAAUAAUUUGUUCAGUGUUAUUUGACUUAAAUUUGAAAUGUUUAACUUUUGAUGACUAUAUAUAAAUUUUUCAGACGGAUUCACAGACGCAUAGAAUCAAACCAGUAUACUCUUAAAAAGUAGGAAAAUGGUUGUGUUCCCGUAAGUGGAGCCUGUGACACUGUUCAAGAAAGCUGUUGUUUGCCAUAGGAUCAUGUGGCCCAGGCUGCGGCUUCCCCGGUGCUGUCGUACCAGAUAGCAGGGACAUUUGAAACAGAUUGUCAACAUAAUACCUUUGCCAGUCCAUCGUUUUCGUAAGGUGAUCUGUCUUAACCGAGUAUGUUGGUGCACUCAUGUAAUCCCAGCGCUGGGAAGGUGGGUGUAGAAAAUCAGGAUUGUUCAAGGCUAACCUGGGCCACAUGAGACCCUGUCUAUGUUAGAAUCAUAGAAGGUAGCUGAGAAAAGCAGAAGCAACCAGUAAUCAAAAUAAGACCGCAGACAAAGACCGGUGAACCUAGAAGGAGCCAGUGGGAAGUUGUGCGGUAGGAUGGUAGACAUUGUAUCAGUAAUUCCAAAAGCUAUUUGAAUAGGCUGAUUACUAUAGUUGGAAGAAAGGUUUUUCUUAUUUAAAUGAAAGACUAGGUUGCUGUGGGACGUUUGGAAUUGUACCCCUCGGGAGCUGAAGAUAAGAUUGCUGUUGUUUCAGACUAGCUUGGGGUACAUAGAAAAACCCCACCUCAAAAAUAAAUAGAUAAGACAAUGCUACAAAAGGAUUGAAAUUAAAGGAUGGGGAGAGAAACCCAUGCUGUUGAGAUAUUAACCAAAGAAAUCACACAAGGAAGAGCUGAAGAACAAAAAUGAUUUACCAAAAAAAAGAAAAAGAAAAUGGAAAAAAUGACAUAGUGUUCAAAGAUUCAUCUCAUUAAAAGGAUUGAAUGUUUUUAUUUGUAACUAAUAGCACAGCCUCCAUAAAUAAAAAGCAAAGGUUAAACUACAAAGAGAAAAGACAGCUUGGAUUUUAACGUGCCUGUCUAGAACAUUUGGACAAAUAGCAAUGAAAGGCUUAGCGGACAUACCUGGACUCCAAAUUUGCAAAAUACUCUUAUAUAAGAAAUUAUUUUCUGUGUCUUGAACUUCAAGUCUGAAUAAGUCUCAGUUGGUUCAAAUUACAUACAAUGCCUUCUUGCAUAGGCCCAGAGAUGUCUCUCCAUUAUCUUUGGAAAUAUACUUUUAAAUAACUUCAAAGUAACCACUAGUUAGAACUUGAUGAGCUGAGGGGAAAUACUUCCCCUCGGAUAACCUAGGGAAUGCGAGGGUCAGGUCCAGAAAACUGAGGUCAGUGAGAAAUUCACUGUCUCAAGGUGUUGGAGAGUUUUAAAAGAUGAAAGAGGAAGAAUAGGUUGAAAGCAGCAAUUCACUGGGAGGCAAGCAUCCAUAUAACUUGUUAAGCAGCUGACAUAUUCUGGGGUGAUCUUUAGCUGUUAAGGAAUUGUCGAAGCCAGGUGUGGUGUUACACAUCUUUAGCCCUAGACUUCAGGAAGCAGAGGCUAGAUGGUCUCUGAGUUCCAGGUCAGCCUGGUCUACACAGUGAGACCCUCCCUGCGUUGGGGGGUGGUGAGAGGGGAGGUAAGGGUGUGAGGGGUUUGGAGCCUGCAUUCCAGCACUCAGGAGUGGAAGGCCAGGGACAGCCUUGGCUACACAGUGAGACUCCUUCCCCUCAGCACUGAAACUAAAUCCUUUACAUUAUUGAAGAAUACGUCCGUUAGUGUUUCUAAGUGUAGAAAGUGGAAUAUAUUAGGGAAUAAAGACUAACUUCCUUGCUCAUGGUCCUUGUCUGUGUAGUGUUAUUGUUUGGCCUCCCCACAGUUAACUGAAUCAGUCCCUCACUGAGGUACAUAGUCUUCUCCCCUUUGAAAUACAGAAUGAGGUGACUGUCGUUGUACAUAUUAGCUUCUAUGUGCAGGUGUCUAGGAAAGCUCCACCCCUGGGUUGCCUUUGCUGUUUUGAGUACAUGUGCAUUUACAAAAGGCCAAUAGCAGUUGGUUCUUUCUCGGAUGUUGUAUGGCUCCCUUUCCUCUGCCUUUGCUGACACCUUAUUAAAGUCUGAUUUGCCAUUCUGUUAAGUGAAAUGUAAUGACAUUUUUAAUUUGCAUUUUUCUGCUGAAUGUAAUUUGCUUUUAAUGCCAUUCUUUCAUAUUUUCAAAUACUGCAUUUUCUGUGAACUGUCUUAAUACUAUUUUCUGGUGAACGAUUGUUUUCCUGCUGGCUGUGUAAUACUUAUGACCGUUUUCUCUAGUUUGUGGUUACAUUAGUUUUUUUUUUGUUUGUUUUUUAAUGUCAGAUUUGGGUUUGUAAAUGUAGCCAAUUCAUGAUUGGAAGAGAUCUGUUUUGGUGGUGAUGCUUGUAAGUCAUUUUUCAUCCCAGUAUAUUUUCAAAAGGUCCCUUGCUUUCCUCUUAUGGUUGAUGUUAUGAUUUACAAUGUAAAUACUGCAGCUUGGGUAUGCGGAGGUUGGCAGGGCAUCAUGUCCCUCUUCGUGGAUGGCGACGUGGAUGUCUCAGCACUCGGUCCUGUCAGUUUUAACACAAACAAGCUGUGUUCCUAGAUUUUUGGACUUAACUCCCCAACUUUAAAUGCUGUUUUUAUUUUGAGAUAAGUCUUGCCUAGGUUGGCCUUCAUGUCCUGACCCUCCCAUCGGCUUCCUACAUGCUGGAAUUAUAGGUGCAUGCCCACAUCCAGUUGGACCUCUGCCCAGCUGAUCUGUUCCCCCAUUCCUCUCCUCUGCUCCCUUUAAUCCCAGAACUCAGAAUGCAGAGGCAGGAAGAUCUCUGAAUCUAAGGCUAGCUUGGCCUACAUAGAGUUCCAGGCCAGCCAGGACUGCACAGGGAGACUGUAUGUGGCCUGUGCAUGUGAGCACGGGUGCUUUGGAGACUUCUGUGGAGCCAAGGCAUCAGAUCGCCUGUGGAGGAGUUGAGGUGGUUCUGAGGCACUGGGUGUUAGGAACCUGAAACCUCACCCAGGUCCUCUGCAAGAGCAGCGCACACUCUUACUCACUGAGCCAGCUCUCCAGCCCCUCUUUCCUUUAGAAAUACGGCCUUGCAAUGGAGUCCUGUCUGACCCAGGGCCUGUGACAGUCCUCCCUCUGCCUCUAGAGUGUUGUAAUUAACAGUCACCUAUCUUGGAUCUGUUUCUUGGCUUUUAUGGCCUGAUGAUCUCCCUUUCUUUUCUUGCUUUUAAUCAGAGGCAGGUGGAUCUUCUGAGUACAAGGCCAGCCUGAUCUACAGGGUGAGUUCUAGGGCAGUCAGGGCUACAUAAUGACUCUGUCUCCAAACAUAAAAUUGCUUAAAGUGUUUUGGUACUUGGUAAGCUCUUUGUGUAGCUGAGGAUGGCCUUGAAUGUGUCCCAGUUUAAUUACAAGCAUGUACCACCAUGCCCCGUGGGGAAGUGGCUUAAAAUGUGUUAUUGAACAUAAUAAAUAUUUGACAACUAUUAUGGUUUAAAUUUUCCUCAUUUGGGGGACUUGGGGCAAUUGUCAGUAAAGUGCUUGCCAAACAAGGAUUCAGACCUGGA